GUUCUUACGUAGUAUAUGCUACUUGUUAUUCGGUCUUGUGUGAAGUGUAGUGAACUACGAAAAUGUAUACACGCAUACUAAAGGUAAUAGAUUUAAACGCAUCAAAAAUGUGGUACUUUACUGUUAUUUCACUGAUAAUUAUAUUAGUAGUAGUCAUGAUACUACGAUUAGAAGGUAGAAGAAAAAGAAUAUUGGCAAACAAAAUACCAGGUCCCGAUGGUUCGAUUUUUAUUGGCAUGCUACCAUUAUUUCUACAAGGACCAGAAAAAAUUAUCACAAAUGGAUUAAAAGUAUACCAAAAAUUUGAAAAGUCUUUAUUUAAAGUAUGGAUCUUAAACAACCUAUAUAUUGUACUUACACGACCUGAAGAUAUAGAAUUUGUCCUUACAAAUCCAAAAUUGCAAAAGAAAUCUAAAGAAUACUUGGUUUUACAAGAAUCCAUUAUGGGCCAGGGAAUAUUUUCAAUCGAUGACAUAAAAAAAUGGAAAAGUAAUAGGAAAAUGGUAUCCGGAGGCUUUAAUUUUAAAAUUAUAAAAUCAUUUAUACCUAUAUUUUACGAAGAAUCUAAUGUCCUCAAUGACAUACUGAAACAAAAAUAUGAUUUUAAAUCAAAUGAAUGUGAUAUAAGUGUUCCUAUUAGUAUGGCUACAAUGGAAAUGAUCGGUAAAACUGCACUAGGAGUAAAAUUUAAUGCUCAAAAUGGUGGUCGUCAUCGAUUUGUGGAAAAUUUACAAACAGCCAUGAUUGCAUGGGAAUAUAGAAUUUCACAUCCGUGGUAUUUGAGCAAAACAUUAUUCCGACUUUCAUCAGUUAAUCAAAAACACAAUCAAAGUCAAAAAAUCAUAAACGAUUUUACAGAUGAAAUAAUUAAUAAAAAACUCAAUGAAUUGAACCAAAAUGCGAAUAAUAAAAAAACAGAAUUUGAUGAUGAAGAUAUUUGUCGAAAAACCAAAACGGUUAUAGAAAUUUUAUUAGGAAACUAUCAUGAAAUGUCACAUGAACAAAUACGAGAUGAACUUGUAACCAUCAUGAUUGGAGGACAAGAAACUACUGCUAUGGCCAAUGCAUGUGCAAUUUUUAUGUUAGCUCAUCAUCCAGAUGUACAGAACAAGGUGUUUGAGGAACUGCAAUCGAUAUUUUUGAUUGGCGAUCAGAAUAGAUCACCAACAUAUGAAGAUUUACAACAAAUGGAAUAUCUAGAACGAGUGAUCAAAGAGACACUACGAAUUUUCCCUUCUUUACCUGUGUUCGGUAGAAGUUUAGAUGAGGAGAUGAAAAUCGGAGAAUAUUUAUGUCCAGCCGGUUCAACGAUAAUGAUCAGUCCACUAUUUUUACAAUCGAGUACGCAGUACUACACUGAUCCAGAACAGUUUAAUCCAGACAACUUCUUACCAGACACGUGUCGCAGCCGACAUCCAUAUACAUUUAUACCAUUUAGUGCGGGAUACAGGAACUGUAUCGGAAUCAAAUAUGGCAUGCUCCAAAUGAAAACCGUUUUAUCGACACUUGUGCGAAAAAAUAUAUUUUCUCCUUCGGACAGAUGCCCCACACCAAAACACCUAAGAGUAAUGUUUUUAACGACACUUAAAUUUGUCGACGGUUGUUACGUCAAAAUAGUACCAAGAAAUUCGUAAAAUGAAUAAUACAAUAAAAUAAUGCACAUUUUGUUCAUUAAUUUAAUGAAAAUAUGUAAUAGAAUUUUUGAUACUUGAGAAAUUGAAAUAACUCGAUUUUCAUACAGUAUUAAUUAGUUAUAUCUUAUAUAUAUUAUAAAAUACAUAAACAUUAGCAAAACUAUGGGUCAGAUCACUCACACCAUGACCUGACAAAAUUCCGUUAUGUUAUUGUUUUUAGAAAUGAUACAGAUAAGAAACAUAAUAAUGUACCUAUUUUUUUUAUUUUUUUUUUAUUGAUCUUAUUUUAAGCCCGACAACUAAGGCCAUUAGCUGUGGAUAGGAACAGUAGGUUUUUUUUUGUGUAAGGUUUAUUUGGAAAGUUUGGUUAGUACGUUUGGAAUACGUAUGUGUUACCUAUUAUUUAUAAAAAAAAAAUGUAUUUAAAAAUAACUAAAA